AUUAAUGCCACAAUUUUUUUUAAAAAAAUUCACCAGUUGUAUUUCCGUGUAACAUUCAAAUUAAUAAAAGAUGCACCAUUCCUCAUCUUCAUUAUUAAUUAUGUGGAGCAUAAGCUUGUAAUACCACCUUUUGAUAAAUGCAUGCAUCAAUAUCCCUACCUUAGUAGUUGAAUCUCUCUCCCAAUAAAUAUAUAUAGAGAUAUAAACUCAGAGAACAAGGCCAACCAGAGAUAGCCACAUCAAGAAUUUUUUCUAGAGGUGUAUUGUGCAAUGUGAAUUGAAUUCCUUCACUUCUCAGAGGAAAUUAGUGUGUGGUGUGUGUGUGUGUGUGUGUUUCUUUAUCUAUGGCUUUGGUUGGUGGUGCAGUUCUUUACUUGUGCUCAGUUGUAUGGAUGCUGCUCACUUUCUCACAGUCUCAAGGUGCUGAAUAUGAUCACCCCGCUCAAUACCGGUACCCCUUCAUCAAGCCAGCGAGCUCAUUCUCGUCGCAGCCGUCCUCCGCCGCGGGGGUAGAUCCCGCCGCGGCGUACGACUACAUUGUAGUCGGCGGGGGCACGGCGGGGUGCCCCCUCGCCGCCACGCUGUCGCGGAAUUACUCCGUUCUGCUGCUGGAGAGAGGGGGGACGCCGUUCGCGAAUUCGAACGUGUCGUUUCUGCAGAAUUUCCACAUAUCUCUGGCCGAUACGUCGGAGAAAUCGGCGUCGCAGAUGUUCGUCUCCACCGAUGGAGUGUUCAAUGCUAGGGCUAGGGUUUUGGGCGGUGGAACUGCCAUCAAUGCCGGAUUUUACACCCGCGCAAGCGCAAGUGAGAUUGAGAAAGCCGGGUGGGACGCUGAGCUGGUGAACGAGUCCUACCCUUGGAUCGAGAACCAGAUCGUCCAUCGGCCCGAUUUUGGGCCGUGGCAGCGAGCCAUAAGUGACAGCCUCUUAGAAGCCGGGGUCUCGCCUUUCAAUGGCUUCACCUAUGAUCACUUGUACGGCACCAAAGUUGGUGGCACCAUCUUCGACCGGUUCGGCCGCCGUCACACGGCCGCAGAGCUUCUCGCCUCCGCCAACCCCGACAACCUUCAUGUCUUGGUUCGUGCAACGGUCCAGAAGAUCGAGUUUGACACAACCGGGAAAAGGCCUAGGGCAGUUGGAGUGAUCUUCAAAGACGAGAACGGGAAGGCGCACACGGCAGUGCUGUCGAGGAGGGCAAGGAGCGAGGUCAUCGUGUCCUCGGGUGCAAUUGGGAGCCCACAGUUGCUGCUCCUGAGCGGAAUCGGGCCGAAGGCUGAUCUGGAGAAGCUCAAAAUCCCGGUGGUGCUGGACAACUGGUUCGUGGGGAAGAACGUAUCGGACAACCCUAUGAACUCGAUCUUCGUGCCGAGCAAGACGCCGGUGAAGCAGUCCCUCAUACAAACCGUCGGGAUCACGAAGGUGGGAGUCUACAUCGAAGCCAGCAGCGGCUUCGGACAGAGCGAAAAUAGCAUCCAUUGUAACCAUGGCCUUGCUUCUGCUGAGAUAGGGCAGCUGUCGACCAUCCCUCCGAAGCAACGGACGCACGCAGCGAUCCACGAAUUCCGGAACCGGAAGCAAAACCUCCCGGUCGAAGCCUUCCAAGGAGGCUUCAUCCUGGAGAAGGUCGCCCGGCCGCUCUCUCAGGGCAAGGUGACGCUCUCCAACACCAACGUCGACUCCAACCCCACCGUCACGUUCAACUACUUCAGCCACCCGGCCGACCUAGCCCGGUGCGUGGAGGGCCUCCGCGUCGUGGAGAAGCUCGUGAAGUCGAAGCCCUUUGCCGACUACACGCAGCUCGAGGACCACGCGAUGGAGAAGCUCAUCAACAUGAGCAUCGAGGCCAACAUCAACCUCAUACCAAGGCAUACCAACGACACCACAUCGCUCGAGCAAUUCUGCAAGGACACCGUCAUCACCAUCUGGCACUACCACGGUGGCUGCCACGUGGGCAAGGUGGUGGAUCCCGAGUACAAGGUCCUUGGCGUUGGGAGGCUCCGGGUUGUGGAUACCUCGACGUUCUUUGACUCCCCGGGGACUAAUCCUCAGGCGACUGUCAUGAUGCUUGGCCGGUAUGUCGGAGUGAAGAUUUUGAGAGGGAGACUGGGAGAAGCAGCUGGAGUGUGAGGAAUCAUGAAUUGUGCUAAGCUAAAUAAUGAUAUCGGAAAUAACUUGUAAUUCUUUUAAUCUUGAUUGUUUUUGCUAGGGUUAAUUUAAGGGGUAGGUAAUGGUGAUGAUGUGUGAAGAAUGUGUAUUCCUUUUUAUUUAAUUAUAUAAUGAUGUAGUAAUGUUUUUUUUUCGGUAGUUCUGUAUUAGAUAUUGUAUUUGUAAUGACCUGGACGAAUUGAUGUAUUAUAUGAAUUCUAUCCCACAUCGGUUAUGUAA